CCCAUUUGUCACUGGUUUUCUUUGUGUUGUGUCGCGUCCCUCCGCUUUUGUAUUUUUGGUCAAAGGGGCACGAAGUCAGUGCUUCUGACUUACACAAAUGCCAAUGGUUGCACAGCAUACAUCGCAUUUUUUAUGAUCACCAAGCAUUCCGUGUUUUGAUUGCCCAGCGCCUUGCAGUUAUUUUCGGUUGAAACACUUUGGCAGGCAUUUACUAACAUCAAACCUCUGGUCCGCAGGAUUAUGAAACUCGCAGCGUAAUUGGUUCCGUGUUGACAUGAAGCAAAGAUGGUGUCCAGGCUCGACCGACUUGUCACCAUUCUUGAGUCCGGUAGUACCCGGUUAAUCCGUGAUACUGCCGUCAACCAACUGGCCGAUUGGCAAAAACAACACCCCGAAGAGCUCUUUAAUCUCCUCUCACGAGUUGUUCCCUAUCUGCGGCACAAGGAAUGGGAUACGAGAAACGCCGCAGCGAAAGCUAUCGGCAAGAUCAUCGAACAUGCUCCCGCCUACGAUCCCAAUGAGGGGGAGGAGCCGGCUGACCCCAAGAAAGAAGAGGAGCCAGUCGAAAAGGACUUUGUCAAGAAAGAAGAAGUCAAGGACAGUUCAUUCUCUGACGAGGACUAUUUCGACCUCGACAGGCUCGACAUCGCCAACAUCUUGAAGUAUGGCAGAGAGCUGGCUAGAAACGCCACUGCCACCGUAGACUAUUCUCUGGCCUCCCUGGAUCCAGCUGCGCGUCUCGCUCAUCAGAAGAAGACGCUGAACGGGCGACUGGGUCUCCUCGGUCGGAGAUUUGAAGAUGAGGAGAUGCCAAUCGUGCCCGAGAAUAACAACAGCUCUCCAGAUGCCACUGCUCAUAAUGGAUGCGCCAGUUAUGACGGUAACAGUGUCGGCAGCGUCGGCAGUGCCGGCGGCGCCGGCGGUGGCCAGGGCCAUCUCACGGAGGAGGCUGGUCUAAGCUCGAGGCAGCUCAAUGUCCUUAAGAGGAAGCGAAAGAGAGAGGCGCAGAAGGCCGCCCACGGGAAGUCAGGCUUUGGAGAUCUCUCUAUUCGCCGGUCGAUAACGUCUACGUCUGAAGGCGUCCCCGACGAUACACCCAUGGCCGAUGCCGACUCGAAGAAAUCCGGCAAACUGGCGGAAUACCUUAACCUCGAGCGACCGGCGGAUGUGGACGAGGAUACGAAAGUAGUAUCCGAGUUCAAAGGCCCCAUCAUCCCCAUCAAAUCGGAAAUCGAAGCCGACGACCAGGCGGAAGGCGCUGAGUGGCCAUACGAGCGACUGUGCGAAUUCAUCAAAAUCGAUCUCUUCGACCCCCAGUGGGAGAUCCGCCAGGGAGCAGCGAUGGGCCUAAGAGAAGUGAUCAGGGUCCAUGGAUUGGGUGCUGGGAGGUCCAGGGGGAAAUCACGAGCAGAGAACGACCGACUCAACCGGAGAUGGCUGGAUGACCUCGCAUGCCGUCUGUGCUGCGUCCUUAUGCUCGACAGAUUCACCGACUACAGUUCCGACACGUUGGUCGCGCCUAUCCGGGAGACAGUCGGCCAGAGUCUGGGAGCGGUGCUAUUCCACGUCUGCCCGGAGUCGGUUCAUGCCAUAUAUCUAAUCCUCUACCGGAUGGUGAUGCAGGACGACCUAGAGCUGGAACGACAUGUGUGGGCCAUCUGCCACGGCGGUAUGAUCGGCCUCAGAUAUGUCGUCGCUGUGAGAAAGGACUUGCUCCUAGAGGAUGGUGCCAUGAUUGAUGGUGUCAUCCGUGCCGUGAUGAAGGGUCUCGGAGACAUGGACGAUGACGUCCGGUCAGUCAGCGCAGCAACGUUGAUCCCUAUGGCGAAAGAAUUCGUAACCCUCCGGCCCGGUGCUCUGGACGGUCUCAUCAACAUAGUCUGGGAGAGUCUGUCCAACCUGGGCGAUGAUUUGAGCGCUUCCACCGGCAGGAUCAUGGAUCUUUUAGCCACCCUCUGCAGCUUCCCCGAAGUCCUGGAAGCGAUGAAGGUGUCGGCAUCACAGGAUGAGGAGCGAUCCUUUGCGCUCCUCGUCCCAAGGCUCUAUCCCUUCCUUCGGCACACGAUUACCUCGGUACGCCUCGCCGUGCUGAAGGCUCUCAUGACCUUUGUCAAUCUUGGAAGCGAGAGUACCCAAGGAUGGCUCAACGGAAGAAUACUCCGGCUUAUCUUCCAGAACCUGCUGGUCGAGAAGGAUCAGGAGACUCUCGCCAUGUCCAUCGAGCUAUUCACGGCCCUUGUCAAGGCGCUUGGGAGCAAUCCGGCCGUCCUGGCCGAAGAGUUCGAAGGGCACAUUGACGCCAUGAUGCAACUAUCGCUCCAUCCUAUCGGUGUCUCGCGAAAUCCAAUACCGAUGAACGCAACCCUCUUCCAGAAACCGUCCGGAGGCACCUACUCUAUGAUGGGUGUCACCGCCACUGCCGGUGCCAGGAAGUCGUCGCCAACCGAGGGGCCGGAGAGAGCAACAAAGCGCCGAAGAAAAUCCACCAAGGUCGACGACGCUCCCGUGGCUACCCAGUCCCACGAUGUCGACGGCCAGAUGAUGCAAGGGGAUGUCAACUUGGUGGGCAUGGACGUCCUCGUCCGCUCACGAGUCUCGGCCGCCAAGGGCCUGGGACUUAUCAUGUCUCUCGUUCCAGCCACAGAGCUGGGUCCGUACGAGACGAGAAUCACCGACGGUCUAUCUUCCGCAUAUUCCUCCACUCAACUCACGGCAGCCAUGAUCGUUGACGAGUAUGCGAAGAAUUGCCCCUCUCCUGAAGAAGCCGCUAGGCUCGCCCAGCCGCUUCAAAAGAUGAUCGAGUCGGAUCGCCCGUCGCACUACCGGGACUUGGUUAGCUUCGUCCAGCGCGUUCGCUCGCAGACCCAGCAGCUCCUGAACAUGUUCCGUGAUCACGGCAAGGUAUCGCAGAGCAAGCUACCAACCCUUGCGGUUGUGGUCCAGGGAGAGGCUGAAGCCGGACCCGGCGCCUUCUCAGUUGCCAACGCGGAGAAGGUGGUCGGGGAAGACUAUGACCGCCUCAAGAAGGCCAUGGCCCCAGGCCAGCGGCUGAUUGCUCUCCCGCAGCUUACGGAAGCUCGUGAGGCUGUCGUGUCUGCCAUCGACCAGGCGAACGCUGCCAAGGAAGCGCGGGAUGCUCGCAUCAAAGCUGCGGCUGCCUGCGCCCUCGUUGCCAUGAAGGUGCUGCCAAAGAAGCCGAGUCCGCUCAUCAAGGCUAUCAUGGACAGCAUCAAGGCCGAGGAGAACCAGGAACUCCAGGGACGAUCCGCAGGCACAAUUGCACGUCUCGUGCAGGUCUUUACCGAAUCGGGUCGUCGAGGCCCGGCGGAUAAAGUUGUCGCCAACCUGGUCAAGUUCUCCUGUGUCGAGGUUGCGGAGACCCCCGAGUUCCCAGUCCAUGCCCACAAGACCAGCGUUAUUCUCUCCAUGCAGAAGGAAGAAGACCGUGUCGAUCACGCGGAUGCCGCCAAGUGGGCGAGAGAGGCCAAGGCAGCUCGCAUCACACGACGCGGCGCGAAGACAGCUCUGGAGAUACUGUCGCAGACCUUCGGCGCCGAGUUGCUGGACACUGUCCCGAGCCUUCGCGCCUUCAUGGAAGAACCCCUACAGAAAGCCUUCUCAGGAGAUCUCCCGGCGGAGGCGAGAGAUGCCGAGAACAGUUUCGGCCAGGAGGUGGUGGAUGCCAUGUCCGUCAUCCGCACAAUGACGCCGACGCUGAACACGGCUCUGCAUCCUUUCGUCGUGCAGCAGGUUCCCCUGGUCAUCAAGGCACUGCAUUCCGAGCUCUCCGUGUUCCGCUACAUGGCGGCGAAGUGCAUGGCGACGAUAUGCAACGUCAUGACUGUCGAGGGCAUGACGGCCCUGGUGGAGAAGGUCCUCCCAUCCAUCAACAAUCCCGUCGACCUCAACUUCCGACAAGGCGCGAUCGAGGUGAUCUAUCACCUGAUCGCCGUCAUGGGCGAUGCUAUACUGCCAUACGUCAUCUUCCUCAUCGUGCCGGUCCUGGGCCGCAUGAGCGACUCGGACAACGAGAUUCGGCUGAUAGCCACCACGUCCUUUGCCACUUUGGUCAAGCUGGUCCCCCUCGAGGCCGGCAUACCAGACCCGCCCGGCCUGUCAAAGGAGCUCCUCAAGGGCAGGGAUCGUGAACGGACAUUCAUUGGCCAACUUUUGGAUCCGAAGAAGAUCGAACCCUUCGUGAUCCCAGUGGCCAUCAAGGCAGAGCUGCGCUCCUACCAGCAAGAAGGUGUCAAUUGGCUCCACUUCCUCAACAAGUAUCACUUGCAUGGCAUCCUUUGCGACGACAUGGGUCUUGGCAAGACUCUGCAGACGCUCUGUAUUGUCGCUAGUGACCAUCAUGAGCGAGCCGAAGAGUUUGCAAAGACGGGGGCCCCGGACUCCAGAAGGCUCCCGUCGCUGAUUGUCUGCCCACCUACCUUGGCUGGACACUGGCAGCAGGAGAUCAAGACAUACGCGCCCUUCCUGAGCGUCACCGCUUACGUCGGUUCUCCCGCAGAGAGGAAAGGGCUGCGAGACAAGCUGGAUCAGACGGACAUCGCCAUAACGUCUUAUGACGUUUGUCGCAACGACAUAGACACGGUCGGGGCGUACAACUGGAACUACGUCGUCCUCGACGAGGGUCACUUGAUUAAGAACCCCAAGGCCAAGACCAGCAUCGCAGUAAAGAGACUUAUCAGCAACCAUCGACUUAUCCUGACGGGAACGCCAAUCCAGAACAAUGUCCUCGAACUCUGGUCCCUGUUCGAUUUCCUGAUGCCAGGCUUCCUUGGAGCAGAGAAGGUCUUCCUCGACCGGUUUGCCAAGCCGAUCGCGAACAGCCGCUACAGCAAGGCCAGUCCGAAGGAGCAGGAGGCGGGAGCUCUCGCCAUUGAAUCGCUGCACAAGCAGGUGUUGCCGUUCCUGCUCCGCCGUCUCAAGGAGGAGGUGCUCGACGACCUGCCCCCGAAGAUCCUGCAGAACUACUACUGCGAUCUCAGCGACCUGCAGAAGAAACUGUUCGAGGACUUUACGAAGAGGGAGGCGAAGAAGAUCACCGAAGAGGCUGGCCGCGACGACAAGGAAGCGAAGCAACACAUCUUCCAGGCGCUGCAAUACAUGCGGAAGCUCUGCAACUCGCCGGCUCUGGUGAUGAAGAAGGACCACAAGGCGUACGAUGACACACAGAGGUUCCUGUCGAAGCAAGGCACGAGUCUCGAGGAUCCCGCGCACGCGCCAAAGCUCACCGCCUUGAGAGAUCUCCUCGUCGACUGUGGCAUCGGAGUCGAAGGCCAGGAGUCGGCCGAUCCCCUCUACACCCCCAUCAAGCCGCAUCGCGCCCUUGUCUUCUGCCAGAUGAAGGAAAUGCUUGACAUGGUGCAGAACACGGUCCUGAAGAAGAUGCUUCCGUCCGUCUCGUAUCUGCGCCUCGACGGCUCCGUCGAACCCAACAAGCGCCAAGACAUCGUCAACACGUUCAACAGCGACCCGUCGUAUGAUGUUCUCCUGCUGACCACCAGCGUCGGCGGUCUGGGCCUCAAUCUGACGGGAGCCGAUACGGUCAUCUUCGUGGAGCACGACUGGAAUCCGCAGAAGGAUCUGCAGGCCAUGGACCGCGCUCACCGCAUCGGCCAGAAGAAGGUCGUCAACGUGUACCGGCUGAUCACCCGCGGCACUCUCGAGGAGAAGAUCCUCAGUCUGCAGCGCUUCAAGAUCGACGUCGCUAGCACCGUCGUCAACCAGCAGAACGCGGGCCUGUCCACAAUGGACACGGACCAGAUCCUGGACCUGUUCAACGUCGGAGAUGUCGGCCCGAGUCUCAUCUCGGACAAGCCGAACGACGCCAUCGAAGGCAGGGAGGAGGACAUGGUCGACAUCGAGACGGGCGACGUCCGCCAACCCGGCAAGAAGGCCGCCUGGCUCGAAGACCUGGGCGAGCUAUGGGAUAACCGCCAAUACGAGGAGAGUUUCGACCUGGACGGUUUCCUGAAGUCCAUGCCAUAACCUGGUCGUCCUCUCUCUUUCCCCUUCACGCGCCCUUUUUCAUCUUGGCUCACGACAACGUCCUUGCUAGGAUAAUCGUCGGCAAUCUUAGGGCGUUUGGCGUUCGGUGGUAUCCCUCCGUAUGUGGAGCUGGUUUUGUACUGUAUACAAUAUUGAUGUAUGAUCACUAGAAUAGGUAGGCGUGCCCAUCCAUACGGAUGCGCGACGCUUUAGAUGCGGGCAGAAUAGCCUAGCAGGAACAGGAGCAGUGUAGGAACAGACGAAUACAAUGAGGU